AUGGCGCUGCCCCCAAAGUGGUACCAGUUUCUGGUGUGUGUGUUCGCCUCGCUGGGUUCGGUGCUUUACGGUUACGAUCUCGGUGUCAUUGCUGAGGCUAUUGCUAGUCCCUCGCUGGUCAACGCUUUCAAUGUCGAUGCUACGAAGAGUGGAGCUGUGACCUCCGUGUUUACGGGAGGCGCCUUUUUCGGCGCAAUUUUUGCGGGUCCACUUGGUGACUAUGCAGGUCGAAAGAUUACUAUUCUCGUGGGGGCUAUAAUUUUCUUGCUGGGAGGUGGCCUUCAAACCGGUGCACAGAGCCUCAGUUUCCUGUAUGCUGGGCGUUCCAUUGCUGGACUGGGUGUCGGUAUUUUGGUUAUGAUCGUCCCGCUUUAUCAAGCAGAGCUAGCCCACCCGGAUAUUCGUGGUCGUAUUACCUCGCUACAGCAGCUGAUGCUGGGCGUCGGCUCACUAGUAGCUGCUUGGAUCUCCUGGGGAACCUACAUCAACUUUGCCGACGAUGAUUCCCGCCAAUGGCGCAUCUCUCUUGGUAUCCAGAUGGUCCCCGCCGUCUUCCUCGCCGCCCUCAUCUUACUCUUCCCCGAAUCACCGCGUUGGUUGAUUGACCACGGUCGAUUGGAUGAGGGUCUACAAACCCUGGCUCGCCUGCACUCCGGCGGCGAUAUCAAUGACCCCUGGGUGCAGACCGAGUUCGAUCAGAUUCAGACCUCUAUUGCGAGCGAGCAUGAGGCAGAGGCCAAGUCGUAUACUGAGCUUUUCACCGAUCCAUCGUGCUUCCGUCGCCUGUUUUUGGCCUGUUCGAUUCAAGCUGCUGCCCAGAUGACUGGUGUCAGUGCUAUUCAGUACUUUAGUACUACGAUUUUUAAGCAAAUUGGUAUUGCUACCAAUGAUACUCUCAAGUAUCAGGGAAUCAGCUCUAUCAUCGCUAUUAUCGCUCAGUUGUGCUGUCUCUUGUUCAUUGACAAGACUGGUCGUCGAUGGCCUCAGAUCAUUGGCAAUCUGGUCAACUGCGUGUUCUUUAUCAUUCCUACAAUCCUCAUUGCCAAAUUUCCCCCUGGAACCACCCACAACAACGCAGCCAGCUGGGCAUUCAUCGUCAUGACGUGGUGUUACAACUUCUCCUUCAGCGCAACCAUCGGCCCGCUCACCUGGGUUAUAUGUUCCGAAAUCUUCGACACCAAGACACGUUCUAAGGGUGUUUCCAUCGCUACAAUGACGUCGUUCGCGUUCAACACCCUGAUCGGCCAGGUGACCAAUGUCGCCAUUGAGCGAAUCGGUGGCUGGCGCUUCUACAUUGUCUUCUGCGUCUGCAACUUCACCAACGCUAUUUUCUUCUGGCUCGUUCUGCCUGAGACUGCUAAACUUCCGUUGGAGGACAUGAACUCUCUGUUCAAGACGGAGCCGUGGAUUGUACCGGGAACUCAGACUCGGAAGUUCAUGGAGCGGAGUAAAGUGGGUAACAGUCUGGCGAUUGCGGCGAGGACUAAGCAGGAUAAUUUCAGUUUGGUGCAUGAGGAGGAGGCUAAAGUUUAG